AUGUUGUGUGCCACACAUCGAGUGUUAAACAACACUUUGAAACAAAACACAAGAGGACUUUCAAGGAUAGUGCUGACAAGACAGGUGAUUAAGAAAGUAAUAUCCCGCUAUGAGAAACAAAGUAAUGUGCUAAAAAACUUGAGUGCUAGCAAAAAUGAUGAAACUGAAGCCAGUCACAAAUUAGCUCUGUGUAUUGCUAAGCAUGGAAACCCUUUUACUGAUGGAGAUUUUAUAAAAGCAGCUUUCCUAGAGUACUCUGAGGUGUUAUUUGAUGGCAUAUCAAACAAACACGUUAUCAUCUCAUGGAUAAAAGACAUGGCUGUCUCAGCUAAAACCGUGGAGAGACGUAUUUCUGAAGUGGCUGAUAACGUAAGUCAGCAGCAAAUGGUUGCUUUAACAAGUGCACCUGUGUUCAGUGUGGCCCUGGAUGAAAGCAUGGAUAUCAAUGGUAUUCCCCGCUUGGCUGUUUUUGCCAGGUAUAGUGACACAGAGGUACACGAGGAGCUGUGUUGUCUUAAACCUGUGUAUGGCACCACCAAGGGAGAAGACAUACUGAAGGCAUUCACUGACCAUUCUAAGAACAGAGGGGUAGACAUAGGAAAGAUUUUUGCCAUUACAACAGAUGGUGCUCCUGCUAUGAAAAAGGCCAAGAUUAUCCUGAGCUGUAGGACAGAGAUUGGACUGUGA